AUGCGACCCCGUCGAGCUCAUAUCAUGGAUCACCACAGCCUGGGUCGCCCUACUCUGGGCGAGCCGGGUGGGGCGGGCAACCCCCUUAUCCAGGUCAAUCUGGGCUCGUACGAAGGCCCUCCGAACCACCACCCUCAGUCUUAUGGCCCACCAUCCUACCGAGGCGGGCAUGGAGGCUAUCGCGGAAAUUACCCCAACCAGGAUCAGGACCGCCGCUUCUCCGGGUCUGGGCCUCACCACUAUAACCACGGGCCCUCCCAGCGUGGGGGUAGAGGCAACUUUAACAGCCACCAAUGGUCUGCGUCUGGCUCUAGGGGUCGCGGAGGUCAGCACAGCCCUCAUCAUAUGCACAGUCAUGGGUCACAGACUCCUCCGAGCCACGAUCAAUUUGCGAAUGAUCCACGGUCGCCUCGUGCAGGGGAGCCACAACCUCGUUCAAGACGUCCAAGCAAGGAUGAUCUUCCAAGAGAAGAUGACUACCCCAAGCCGGUCUCCGAGAGUGGCGAUACCCAACAGAUGCGUCCCCCCGGUCCAGAGUUGGAAUCGUCAACCCCAGCCAAGGCCGGCGGGAAAUUCAGUUUCGCUUUCAAAUCAAAGGCCGCGCCUGCUCCUUCCCCCAAACCGGUCCCUGACCUUGCGCAGCGGAUGCAGGUCCGCGAUCCACCUCCGCGUGCACCUGAACCAACACCGCCUCGAAACAGGUUGACCAAUGGGCCGCUACCUACAUUCAAGCCCGAUAAUAAUCGAUUUGAUCGUCGUGACCGUGGAGGACGGGAUCGGGGCCGAGAUCGCAGAGACUUCCGGGACUCACGAGACUUCAAUUCGCGGGACCGCCGAGAUGACCGCCGAUUCGAUCAGCGUCGUGAUAAACGAAAGGGUGACAGGCGUUCUGAUUUCCGUCCAGAUUAUCCAGAACGACAAGAUCGUCCCCACCGUCAAGAUCGUCGCCGGGAACCUUCGAUUGACGCACCCAGGGGACCGCCGCCGAAGCCGAAAAAGAUCCUUACCCGUCCAAAGCCACGCCCUAUCCUCUCCGAGGAAUUUGCUCAAGCCGAUUCCGUCUACUAUAGAAAACCAGGCAAUGAAUCAGUGAUCGGCGCUGGCACAUAUGGCAAGGUCUUCAAGGCAAUUCAUGUCUACACAAAGCGCCAAGUGGCACUCAAGAAAAUUCGGAUGGAAGGCGAGAAAGAUGGCUUCCCCGUCACUGCAGUGCGCGAGAUAAAGCUACUCCAGCAUCUGCGAAACGAGAACGUGGUUAGCUUGUUGGAAGUCAUGGUGGAAAAGAACGAAUGUUUCAUGGUCUUUGAAUAUCUCUCUCAUGACUUGACGGGUCUCAUCAACCACCCCACAUUCUCCCUGACCCUGGCACACAAGAAGGACCUGGCGAAGCAAAUGUUCGAGGGCUUGAAUUAUCUCCACCAUCGUGGCGUUCUUCACCGAGACAUCAAGGCGGCCAACAUUCUCAUCAGCAACCGCGGCCUGUUGAAAUAUGCAGACUUCGGAUUGGCUCGGUUCUUCUCCAAGACCCGCCAGCUUGACUACACCAAUCGCGUGAUCACGAUCUGGUACCGUCCUCCCGAACUCCUGCUGGGUGAGACCCGGUACGGUCCGGCCGUGGAUGUUUGGAGUGCCGCCUGCGUUUGCAUGGAGAUGUUCACAAAAAAAGCCGUCUUCCCCGGUGAAGGCAGCGAGCUCAGCCAGAUGGACAAGCUUUACAAUAUGCUGGGCACGCCUACUCGCGCAGAGUGGCAGGAUGUUGUGGAGAUGCCAUGGUUCCAGCUGAUGCGGCCGACGGAGCGCAAGAAGCGAAAUUUCGAGGAGACAUUUCGCGAGGUGUUGACCCCGGCUGCCUUGGAUUUGAUCUCCCAGGUCUUCCAGUACGAUCCCGCGAAGCGGCCCAGCGCCGAAGAAGUUCUCAAGCACCCCUACUUCGUCUCUGAAGAACCGGCGCCUCAGCCGCCAAUUGAACUGGAGAAUAUUGAAGGCGACUGGCACGAGUUCGAAAGCAAGGCUCUUCGCAAAGAGGCCCGGCGCGUAGAAUACCAAAACCAAAAGGACCGCGAGAAGCGCAAGGCCGAGGCUGCAGCGCCGCUGAGCGACCGUGACCCCAAGCGCGUCAGACAAGACGAGAGCAGUCAUCGCCCGGAUUCUUCUGCACCGAGUUGA